UAUUCCUUUAUCAAAUUUUGCAGAGUUAGGGUUUCACAUCGCCUCCAAUCCUUAUAUAAACCCACUCAUUCAACCCAGUAAUCUCACAAAAGCUCUCUCUAUCUCUCUCGAAUUCUCCAACUCUCUCAACGCUCACAAAAGCCUGCAUCUUUUCGAUUAUAUAAUUGCUUUGGGUUUUCUUGAAUCUAACUCUGUUUUGCAGGAUUUCUUCGAUUUUUGCUCUCUGUUUUUAGUGUUUUUUAGUGUUCAUAUAUAUAGAUAUAUAUAUAUAUAUAUAUUUCUUUUCUGGGUAUUAAACUAAUGGAUGCAGGAUCAAUGAAUUCUUCAUCCAACUACAAGUCCAACUCCAGAGGCCCACUGCAAGAACAGUUCAUUCAGAGAAAGAGUUCUCGGGAAAACUUCGACAGAUUCAUACCAAACAGAUCAGCAAUGGAUAUGGGCUAUGCGCAAUCUAUGCUAACUGAAAGCAGGACAGGUAAGGAAAACCCUGCUAUCAGUUCUCCAUCCAGGGAGGCCUAUCAGAGGAAAUUGGCAGAGGCUUUGAACAUGAACCGCACUCGGAUUCUUGCUUUCAAGAACAAGCCUCCGGCCCCGGUGGAUCUGUACCCCAAAGAUUUCUUCUCUUCUCAAACCCAAGAUAAGCCAGCAAAGCCCAGGAGACACAUUCCUCAAACCUCAGAGAGGACAUUGGAUGCUCCUGACCUUGUCGAUGACUACUACCUCAAUCUGUUGGAUUGGGGAAGUGCCAAUGUACUCGCAAUUGCUCUCGCAAACACAGUUUACUUGUGGGAUGCUAGCACUGGCUCUACUUCUGAAUUGGAGACUUUUGAUGAUGAAACUGGACCUGUAACCAGUGUCAGUUGGGCUCCUGAUGGACGCCACAUUGCCAUUGGACUUAACAAUUCCGAAGUACAGCUGUGGGACUCAACUGCUACUAAGCAGCUGAGGACUUUGAGAGGUUGCCACAGUUCGCGAGUUGGCUCAUUGGCAUGGAACAACAACAUUCUUUCUACUGGAGGAAUGGACGGCUGUAUUGUCAACAAUGAUGUGAGAGUUAGAUCCCACAUUGUUGAGACCUACAGAGGGCAUGAGCAAGAGGUUUGUGGACUUAAAUGGUCAGCCUCAGGGCAGCAAUUGGCUAGUGGAGGAAAUGACAACCUACUGCAUAUAUGGGACAGAUCAGUUGCAUCUUCACAGUCAUCAACACAGUGGCUUCAUAGGCUUGAAGAUCAUACAGCUGCUGUUAAAGCCCUUGCUUGGUGUCCAUUCCAGAGCAACUUGCUUGCUUCCGGUGGAGGUGGGGGUGAUCGGUGCAUAAAGUUCUGGAACACCCACACAGGUGCAUGCUUGAACUCAGUAGACACUGGGUCUCAGGUUUGCUCUCUGCUUUGGAACAAGAAUGAAAGGGAAUUGCUUAGCUCACACGGGUUUACACAGAACCAGCUGACUCUUUGGAAGUACCCAUCCAUGGUUAAAAUGGCAGAACUUACAGGUCACACUUCCAGGGUUCUUUAUAUGGCUCAGAGUCCGGAUGGUUGCACGGUAGCAUCGGCGGCUGGUGAUGAAACCCUGAGAUUCUGGAAUGUCUUUGGUGUCCCUGAGGUGGCUAAACCUGCUCCUAAAGCUCAUUCUGAACCUUUUGCUCAUAUGAACCGUAUCCGAUGAUCAAGAUUUUGAGGAGUCACAUAAGGUGAAGCCUUUCAGUUUGCUCAGUGGAAUCAUUUCAGUUUGCUCAGUGGAAUCAUAUGAUCAAGCAGAUAAGGAGUUGCAUAAGGUGGAGGAGGUCUAAACUUCGAAAGAGUACAGUUCAACCCAAAGACAGUCUCAGUCCCCUAAUUAAAUAUUAACUUUGAAACAGUACAGCCCAAGACAGUCUCAGCUCAUUCUUGUAUAUCCCCCUAGCUUGCAUAGAAACUCUGAAAAGUACAACCCAAUACAGUCUCAGCCUCAUUCUUUGUAGAAUUCACCCUAUACCCUCCUACCCUCCUAUAUAGAUUACCAGGAAGUACUUGUAAUUACUUGUUUGAUAGUGGAUUCUAAUCUCCUCCCGUGGAUGUAGGCAAAGAUUGCCGAACC